AUGCCCACGCACCCUGUGCCGACAGCUGGGGCGUUCCAGUUGCCGCACUGCCGAGACAGCGAGCUGCUGGUUGUCCUGAUCGGAGAAUCCGGGGUGGGCAAAACCAACCUGCUCUCCCGUUUCACCCGCAACGAAUUCAACCAUGACAGUCGCACCACCAUCGGCGUGGAGUUCUCUACCCGUACCAUCCUGGUGGGAGAUGCCGUGGUGAAGGCUCAGAUUUGGGAUACGGCCGGGCUGGAGCGGUACCGGGCCAUCACCUCUGCGUAUUACCGGGGGGCUGUGGGUGCCCUGGUCGUCUUUGACAUCACCAAGCACCAGACAUACGAUGUGGUGGACCGCUGGCUGAAGGAGCUGUACGACCACGCUGAGGCCAGCAUCGUCGUCAUGCUGGUGGGGAACAAGACCGACCUCGCACAGGCUCGGGAGGUGCCCAUGGAGGAGGCGAAAAUGUUUGCGGACAACAAGGGGUUGCUGUUUGUCGAGACCUCGGCACUGGACUCCACCAACGUCGAGCAGGCAUUCGAGACCAUCCUGAAGG